CAGAUCGAGCGCUGCCUCAAUGAGUACGCCAGCCUCGAUGUCAUUCGUUGGUGGUGACGGAGCACGCUUAGAAUCCGCAGGAUUGUACCACGAUCAUUGUCGUUGCCACACGUUAGAAAAGCUGCAUCUCGCCAAAGGAGAGAUACUUGAACAUUUUAGACAGAGAGAAAAAAAAAAGUGCUUCUACGUGAACUGACUUGGUCGCUAUUUUCUCUUCCGUCUUUUCUGGGACAUCGAAUGUCAGUGGAAUAAUAAGCUGCAUGCCCUUGACUAAAUUUGCUUUAACUUAUUUGAGCUCGUAGCGUGGAAGAUAUUGUGGCUGAACACCCGCUGUGUCGCACUGGAAAUAUAAACGCAGUGAGUUUUAGGGGUUCAAUGAGCGGACGUUCCUCGCGCCACGCUCGAGACGCGUUUGGAUCUCCGUUUGAAGUUCACCCGCGCGCUGCAGUAAACACCGUGCGCACGAUUCCAUCGUCAGAGCGCGCUGGAAAUGCAGGUUUGGUGUGCAGACAAUUCUGGCUAUAAAGUUAAAAAAUAACCGUUUUAUGCUUCGUAUUCAAUGAAUGUAAUACUCCAAGAUAUUAUUUACCUCAAAUGUUGCCUUGUGGUGACAGAAACCACAUCUUAAGAUGCACUGAGCGAUGUGAUUUUGACAUUUUACGGAGCUUUUCUCUGUGAGGGACCGUCACCCCCCCCUCGUCAUUUACGAUGUGCUUUGAAUAACCGACUUUUUCUUGUUUGAACUCGUAUUUAAUUGUGUUCAAUAACGAUGGCGGACGAAAUUCGCUAUGACAGUCGUAAUAUUGUGGAAAAAUACAUCAAUCAUAAACUUUUAAAGAGGGGGUAUGCGUGGAAAUGUCAAUCUUCUGGAGAUGAGGAAGAUCCUCAUAAAGGAAUAGAGGACACUUCAAACUCUGACAGGAGGCUUCAGGCUCCCUCGGCCGGAGGGGGCAACAACGAAUGUCUGUUACCCCACCGGGUCACCCGCUCCGACCCUCACUUGAGGCUCUAUCGGGCGUUACGUGAGGCUGGAGACGAGAUAGAAAAGAUGUACCAGCGGGAAUUUGAGGAGAUGUCCAACCAGAUGGUAUUUACUCCCAAUACAGCGCAGCGCAAUUUCUCGGCGGUGACCGAAGAGCUGUUCAGGGAUGGAGUGAACUGGGGUCGGAUUGUGGCGUUCCUUGAGUUUGGUGGUACCAUGUGCGUGGAGAGCGUUAACCGGGAGAUGGCGUCCCAGGUAGAUAAUAUUGCACGCUGGAUGACCGACUACCUGAACGGGCCGCUGGAAAACUGGAUUGAGGAAAAUGGUGGUUGGGAUGCCUUUGUGGAGUUGUACGGUCAGCAGAGAGACUCUAUGUUCCACCCCUUGUCGUACCUAACAAAAGUGCUUGGACUGGCGGCACUAGGCUUGGCAGGAGUGACCAUCGGAGCCUUUUUUGCUCAGAAGUGACAGCCCUGUGGGUCUCUCCGCCUAUAUAUCUGUCUUUCUCUGCCGGUCUCUCUUCUCCAGCUUAUCAAAGCAUCUUUCAGCUGUGCACUGCCCUGCUCAGCCCAGCACCAGUGCCCUUCAAAGGCUUUCGCUGAUCUGAUGCUCCUCCAGCCAAGAGCUGCUCCGCUCACUCUUUCCUUCACUCUCUAGAGUGAAGAAAACGCAAAGAAAAUUGAAUAAAGAAUGAAGACACGCAGGAAUGCUCCCACACUUUGACUAUGACGCUUGUCACUGCCAUGUACAGUUGCACAGUACACAGAGAUCGACACAAAAACAAAUGCAUACACAGACGCUUAGACACACUUUAUAUGGAAGCAAGAAGAAAAAGAGAACAUUGAUCAUUUUAAAGUUUUUCUUAUGUACUCUAAACAAGUACAAAGAGAUUUUUAAACUUAACAUUGUGCUUUUUUUUUUUUUUUUUUACUUUUUUUAUAUCAUUUUAUUUUAUAUUUUUGGCAUUUUGUAGCAUGAAUAAAAAAAAAAAGACAAAGUUUGCCAGCAUGAAUGUAAAUAAUUUCUCCACUGUCUGCAUGUGUGGAGAAAGAGACUUUCUCUGCUUGAGUCAUUUUUCUAUUGCAUGAUGGCAUUUUGAACUUGGCUGCCUCCCCCUUCUGUGUCGAAUCGGGGUGUUUUUUUGUUUUUGUUUUUUCUGUCUCUCUCUCCAUUGGAUGGACCUCUUGAGAUCUCCCGUCAAACCAACAGAUGUUGAGCAUUCCUCAUUAAAAAGUUCUUCUUUGAUUUGCUCAGUGUCUUUCUGUGUUUGUCGAGCACAACGAACAUGCCAAGAACUGAACAGCGGCUUUAAGACAAGCGGUCAUCAUGAUGUAAUCUCGCCCUGACAUGGGGGACAGAGUUGUCCGACCCAGAACGUCACUCCUGAAUGUAAAGACUGGAUUUCUAGAAGUUUGACUUCAUAGAAGCGAAAGGGUUCCCAUUGUAUAUUGGUAUUCAUAUGUGAUUGUUUCUUAAGGCUUUUUUUUUUUUGUAUAUAGAUUUGUUUUGGUUUAUGAUGAAUAUGUUAAAGGCAUAGAUCACCCAAAAAUGAAAAUUCUUUACUCACAUUUAUGUCAUUGCAUGUCUGUAUAAAGACUUAAAUUUUAGCCUGUUCCUCACAUAAAGAUAUUGUAUGACUUCAGAAGACUUGGACAUUGAAAGCUCUGGCCCCCAUUCAUUGUAACUACAUGGAAAGAAGCAACCAGUACAUUCUUCAACAUAUUUCCUUUUAUGUUCCAUGGAAGAAAGUCACACGGUUUUGAAAUGUUAUGAGGUAGAGUAAAUUAUGACAGAAUUGUCAUUUUUGGAUGAACUGUGUCUUUAGAAAAAAGCAAUUUUGAGGGAAAAUUCCAUUGUUAGAUUUAUCUAUCCAUAUAAUGACCACAACAAGUGUGUGUGUGUGUGUGUGUGGUGGGGUGGGGUGGGGUGGGGUGGUUUAAGAGGAAAUUGUUUAGGUUACAAACUGGUUACAAGGGUAUUAUGCUAUAAAUGUGGUUUAUGAGGACAUUUCUAGUGUCCCCAUAAUUCAAAUCGCUUAAAAACAAAAAAUACUAAAUGAUGUUUUUUUGAAAAUGUAAAAAUGCAGAAAGUUUUUUGUGAGGUUUAGGGGUAGUGUUAGGGUUAGGGGAUAGAAUCUAUAGUUCAUACAGUAUAAAAAUCAUCAUGUCUAUGGAGAGUUCUCAUAAGGAUAGCUGCACCAACGUGUGUGUGUGUGUGUGUGUGUGUGUGUGUGUGUGUGUGUGUGUGUGUGUGUGUGUGUGUGUGUGUGUGUGUGUGUGUGUGUGUGAGAAUAGAUUGUGUUGAGAGAGCAGAGCUAGCUUGUGUUCUAGGGGAGAUAAAGCAGACGGGUUGCCAGUCGUGUCCAGCCAGGUGCAUGUGUGUCUGUGCAGAUGAGACAGGCAGGUAGGGGGUGGUGGUUGCUGGGAACAGAAGUUCAUUCAGCUUGGCAUGAUAGGCACGCAGGCACUGGAGCUUUGAAAAGACCUGGUACACAACGGACACUGAAAUUCACGGCCCAGGUGUUUUACAUUUCUCCCUAUUGUCCACGUUAUCUGGCUGGCAUGGUAGACUACGGCCAAUUUCUGGCACUCUUUUGUGCUGUCGAUUUAAAAAAAAAAAAAAAAAAAAAAAAAACUUGGAUGCCCUGACAACCAAAGAAACCUGAUCUGUGUGCUGUAACUUCCACCCCAGAGAGAGUCUCAUCUACUUUGCCAUCACUUAACCUCCACAGUACAUUCCACUGGGAGGGUUGAUUUCUCAUUCACAGGAAGAUACUGAGACAUCGGCCUAUCCUAAUGUCAUUUUUAUAUCCCUGAUAUUCAUUAAAAUUUGCUAGUGUACGUCUCUUUUCUCAUGCUAAAUCCUGAGACUGAACGACAACCGCCGGCAAUAGUUUUUCAAUUUCAUCUGCAUUUAGCAAAUUUUUUUUUUGAAAGCCUGUAAAUCUAUGAGCCAUUGCUUAAAUAAAUAUUCUGGGUUCAAUGCAAGUUAAGCUCAAAUGACAGCAUUUGUGGCAUAAUGUUGAUUACCACAAAAAUGUAUUUCAUCUUGUCUCUCCUUUUCUUAACAAUAAAAUAAAAAAUACUGGUUUACAGUGAGGCACUUACAAUAUAAGUGAAUCAAUCUGUAAACAUUAAAAUACUGUUUCAAAAGCAGAGCCACAAGAUGCAAACAAUAUGAAUGUUAACAGGAUUUUUGUGUGAAAAAAAAUCACUUACUUUUCUGGGCAAAGUUAUAUCCAGUUUUACAAUUUGUUGCCAUGACAACAUAACGCUAUAAAUGCUAAAACGACGAUUUAAAAAAACUUUACAAGUCUUAAAGGCAUAGUUCACCCAAAAGUGAAAAUUCUGUUAUCAUUUACUCACCAAAAGAAAUUUCCUGUUCCAAACCCAUAUGACUUUCUUCUAUGGAAAACACAAAAGAAUGACAACAUUUUCAUUUUCACUGCCCUUGUUUUCUGGAGUUUUUUUGUCCAUUGGAAAUGCGUGAAAAGAUCAAUGUGUUGUUGGCUAAACAAAUUCUGUUAUACAAGAGUAAAACAUAUUGAAUGAAUUAUAGGCUACAUUUAUCUCUCACAACCUUUUUCAUUUUGUACGCUUCAAGUUAUACAUGGAGGCUACUCUGACUAAGGUCUAUAAACCCAAUAAAUAAAGGUCAGGGUCUAUGAUAUCCAACACCAACCAUUGGAUUUUCCUACGCUGGAUUAGCCAUGCCAGGAAUUACAUUUUCUAGCCUAUCAACACAGCUCUCAAGUGUUUAUAGCGGUACAGAUUAUACAUGUCCAAUAGUGUACUAUAUUGCUGCGCCCUUUAUUGGGUGUAGAAAUGUAUAUGCAUAUCUUAAAGAGAGUUUUGAGGACUCGCACUGUAAGAUCGUUAUACUUUAGCUGCUAAAGCUCUAGCAAUGUAAGACCACAGAGUGUGGAGUUGAGCUGCUCCCUGUUACUGCACCAUAUGAAGCUGCUCGUGGAUGAACCCAGCAUAAAACUGCCACUGCUGGAGCGGAACUAGACCAUCCACUCCUGAAGUCUCACUUUCUCUCUGGUUAGGUGAAGCUGAGAAGACUCUAGAUGCACCUACUUGAGUCAAAGAAGAGGCCUUGUGUAUUAGUUUCAAUAGCAUCAAUGCAUAUUUUGUACUUAAAACCAAUUUUUGAAUAUGGCAUGCAUCAAAUGCCUCUGCACCUUAUAAGACGCAAUGACACUGGUCUUCUUCAUGAGUGUAAAGCCGGAAACAUACUCUACGCAAGUACGCAAACACAGGUGCGUCUAGCUACGUGUUGCAUUCUCAACUUUGCCGCAAGGGGCGCUAGAGUGGACAUUAGUGUGGACUGUCUGCUUCUAGAGUAAGUGUUCUCUUUCCAGUCGACUGCUGUCAUGGCCGAAUUUAAACUGCAACAGUUGAAAUAAAAUAUUGCUGAGCAAGCAAGCAAGUCAAUACAUUUAUAGCAACUUACCUGAACAAUAAUACAUCCGGUUUUAUGGCACAAACUUUUAAAGGUAACUCUAUCGCCUUUUUGAGUACUGGGGUUUGUUACCGCCACAGUAAAAUUGGCCAAGCACUUGGGUCUGCAUUUGUAUACUUGCAUGAAGUAUGUUUCCGUCCUAAUGCCUCUUCUAUUUGUAAGUGUAAUCAAACAAGCAGUAAUUGUUUGUUGAGAAAAUGUUAUUUGCCAUUUGACUUGUCCUGACUUUGCUGGCAAAAAAAGAGAAAAGGACUAAGAUGAAACAGAAGUUGAAGAAAAUUCAUCUAGCAGGUGGAUUCGUGUGUGAAUUGUGCAUUAUUAUAGGCUUCUUAUGUAGUGGUGUGUAUACUGUACAUCAAAAUCAUUCAUAAUAUAAUGCUGUUUCCUAACCAGAAGCAAUGCGAUGAAGUGGCAAGCGAUAAUCUCGUCCAUGUAAAUUGGAGUUUUUGUCCUAACCAACAUGUUGUCGAUUGCUUGGUUUCUAUUUCUGUGGCGUCAUGCCGAUUAACCCCACCCACACUUAAAUGUCAUUGGUCCAAUAUUAAACAUCAGAUAUGCUCUGACUGUGUAUUAGUGUGCUGUUUCGCAACAGACAGAUUACUUGAUUCUGGUUAAAAAUCGCAUUGCGCCUGGUUAGGACAGUGUAAGAGUGGGCAGUUAAAGUUAAUGACAACCUGGGUGUAUGGCUUGAGUGUCAAUGUUAUAUUUUAUUUAAAAUAAUUUGUGCAUCUUUUUUAAUGUAUAAAUUAUUCUUUAUCCCUUCACAGAAAAAAAUUAAUCUGAAUUCUGAAUGUAAAAUUGGAUACAUUACAGUGACACAUGAUGUAUGUAGCCAUGUGCUCUAAUAGCUAUGCACUCACUUUCAAAGUCAGAGUCUUAUGGCUUGUACUUCUCCAAAAAAAUCUCCAUCUGUCAGUUCAUUCCCCAUUCAUUCAACUGUGUUCUCAUCAUUUGGAUGGAAAGAGGAUGGGCAUUUGUUUCAGCCCACGUUAAAAUAUGGAAGUGAUAUCUAAAUUACUGACAAGGGAUUUUCCCUCCUUCCAUCUGGACAGUCGUGUUCUGGUGAUCUGUUUAAACUUAAAUUGCAGUUACUGUCCAUGGUAGCAUUAGUUUGGUGUUUAACCAUGUUAUUUACAUAAUGCAUGAGUGCAUUCUUUCAUCACUAGCAAUACAGCUUCAUUUUUGAAUUGCAGUGCAAUUUUUCUCCAUGUAUUCAAUAUAAAUGACUAAUUUUUGGUAUCUAUUCUGAAAUAAGUCCCACUUCCCAUCACAUCAAAUAGAAAAGAUUAUAAAAACCCAAAAUAUUGUUUUCUAUCCUACGGCAGCUACUAUAACGCAUCCAUUUUACAAUACCUCUUUCAGAGAGAAAAAAGAAAUCCAUUUUCUGCCCUGAUUUCUUUGCUUUCUUUUUUAAUGACUUUGCUGCCAUACCUCCCCUCAUAUAUCACAUAACCAUUAACGUAGCAAAAUAUUGGGAGGGAUUUCAAUAUAGAGACAGGAUAUUCCGAGUUUAUAUUUGAUUUCUAAAUUCUCAUUUUUCCAUCAUUAUCAUGUUUGUCUUUCUAUUUUGUACAUUCUAUCUUCUAUGUCCUUUUAGAGUUUUUUUUUUUAAUGAUGUUUCUUUGUUCUAGUUUCUUUUUUGUGACCCUUUUGUUUAAUUUAUCCUCACUGCACUUCUUUUAAUGUGCCGAUAUCAUUUUGUGUACGUACCCAUGUCAUAAGCUAACAGUUAUGUGUUCUAAUUAAAUAAACCUUGCCUUAUCAC